AGCCCAUGGCGCAGCGCUUCCUCGCCUCCGCUGCCUUCCCGGCUCCUCCAGGAGCAGAGUGAGGGGCUCCCAGGGCUCUCCAUCCUCCUCCUGCCCAGGGAAGAAGAUGCUGCUGCUGCAGCCCAGGGGCCAGCCUCGUCGUGGGAGGAAAAGGCUGCUCUUCUGGGGCCACUUGGGAGUCCUGGCAUCCAUGCUGCUGCUGCUUGGAGGAGCCUUGGAGGGGCAGAGGGAGCCAGCUGUUUAUGAUAUUCUGAAUUCUGCUUUGGAAACCAGUGACAAGUGGAUUGGACGAAGGCUACUGGAGGAAGCUGAGGAUAAUGUCACAGAUAACCCUGAAGAAACAGGGCAUCUUUAUUUCAAAAACUGCACUGAACCAGCUCUCCAUGAAUUCCCCAAUGACAUCUUCACAAAUGAGGACCGGCGGCGUGGAGCAGUAGUUCUGCACGCCUUUUGCGCUGUCUACAUGUUCUAUGCUUUGGCUAUUGUCUGUGAUGAUUUCUUUGUUCCUUCAUUGGAAAAGAUUUGUGAACGCUUGCACCUCAGUGAAGAUGUAGCAGGGGCAACAUUCAUGGCGGCUGGUAGCUCUGCUCCAGAACUGUUUACAUCUGUCAUAGGUGUGUUUAUCACAAAAGGAGACGUUGGUGUGGGAACCAUUGUCGGCUCUGCUGUGUUUAACAUUCUCUGUAUAAUUGGAGUUUGUGGCCUCUUCGCAGGGCAGGUUGUUGCACUGUCAGCCUGGAGUCUCCUGAGGGAUUCAACAUACUAUACCUUUUCUAUUGUUGCACUUAUUUUGAUUAUUUAUGAUGAAAAAGUUUAUUGGUGGGAGUCUUUAAUUUUAGUGCUGAUGUACGUCAUCUACAUUCUCAUCAUGAAGUUUAAUGCCAGUCUACAACAUAUAUUUGAAAGGAGGACAAAGAAUGCAACAAACAUGGUGAAUGGAUUAGCAAAUAACACAGAGAUGGAUGACAAUAGCAAUUGUGAUGCUACAGUGGUAUUAUUGAAGAAAGGUAACUGUUCCAGAAAUUUCCACCGCAAAGCCUCUGUGAUCAUGGUAGAUGAACUGCUGUCUGCAUAUCCACACCAGCUUUCCUUUUCCGAAGCUGGGCUCCGGAUAAUGAUAACCAGCCACUUUCCUCCCAGAACCCGACUCUCCAUGGCCAGUCGCAUGUUGAUCAAUGAGAGGCAGAGACUAAUAAACAGCAGAGUGUACACCAAUGGAGAAUCUGAGGUGGCCAUCAAGGUCCCUGUCAAGCACACUGUGGAAAAUGGGUCAGGGCCCAGCAAUUCUGCUGACAGAGGUGCAAAUGGAACUAGAAGAGAUGAGGAGGCUGCUGUGACUGGUAAUGAAACAGAAAAUGAAACUGAUGACAAUGAAAACAAUGAGAAUGAUGAAGAAGAGGAGGAGGAAGAAGAAGAAGACAACGAUGGUCCUUACACACCCUUUGAUCCACCAUCUGGCGUGGUAGAAGUUCUUAAGUGGUUAUUUACCUGGCCUCUGUCUUUGCUCUUGUACUUCACGGUGCCCAACUGCAAUAAACCUCGCUGGGAGAAGUGGUUCUUGGUUACAUUUGCCGCCUCUACAAUCUGGAUUGCAGCCUUUUCUUACAUCAUGGUGUGGAUGGUUACAAUAAUUGGCUACACUUUAGGUAUUCCUGAUGUGAUCAUGGGAAUAACAUUUCUGGCAGCUGGAACCAGUGUCCCGGACUGCAUGGCAAGCCUUAUUGUAGCAAGACAAGGAAUGGGUGACAUGGCUGUGUCAAACUCCAUUGGGAGCAAUGUUUUUGACAUUCUGAUUGGUCUUGGCCUUCCAUGGUCUCUGCAGACACUGGCGAUAAACUAUGGCUCCUCUAUUCAGUUGAACAGCCGAGGACUUAUUUAUUCUGUGGCUUUGUUGUUGGCAUCAGUUUUUUUUCACUGUGUUUGGUGUCCAUUUGAAUAAAUGGAAGCUGGAUAAGAAGCUGGGGUUUGUGUGCCUUUCCCUCUAUGGCAUCUUCUUGUGUUUCUCCAUCCUGACAGAAUUUAAUGUCUUCACUUUUGUGAAUUUGCCGAUGUGCAGAGAUCACUGAUCUCAUGGACAGACUGCUGAGAGGCAACUUCCUUCUUUACCUGUGCAAUAUGAAACAUGGCUGGCAUCUCCAAGCAGUGUGUGGUGCCCCAUGAAGGCCGUGAAGUACACCUCACUGUUUGUCAGUUCCUCUUCCUGUCUCAGUUUAGCCUCUCUCUAAGCCACCCCUUCACACAUACAGGCACACACUUGGAAACCUCCUGCGUUGAUGUGAAGAUUUACAAACUCAGACACUCUGAAUCAUGGUUGGCAGACUAAGUAAACUAACUUCUACCUGGCACUGAGCUAGAGAAGCUGAACUACAAGAGGGUGUUUUUUUUCUUCUUUUUUAACUUAUUUGAUUGAAGACUAAUCUAAUUUAUGAACUGAGACUAUAGCUAAGAUACAAAGAAGAAGGUACAUUGUGUUGGGUGCUUUCUGAGGAAAAGAGAAGGAAUCUGUUUUAUUCCUUUUUCCCAAACAAGCUGUCUUGCAGCUUCCUAACUUUUACAAAUACUUAUUUUCAUGGGAUGAUCCAAAACUCACAAACGGCGCUGUGGGAAAUGAGUUCCAGGUACUUGUUAAUAGAAAUGGACCAUGUACUUUUGAAAGAGAUCAUGGCGGUAGUGCCAAACAGCUUCCUUACACGAAGUGAUGUAUCACUUAGUAAGAUGUGAAAGGACCUCGAACUGAAUGAAGACUAUACAGUUGAACACUGCUGCCAUUUUUUUCGUAAACAAAAGAAUUUUAUUGCUAACUUGUUUGUUGUAUUUCCAAGCAAUAGUUUUAGACCUACCAGCCUGGGAAGGUUAAUGAGGUGAAGUCCUAGUUUUUAAUUGUCAGUAAUUUGAAUUUGAAAUGCAAGGUCAGAAACAAAGCCUGGACUGGACUGACCUCUUGUGGUUUCUCAAUAUUUAUAGUUUACACAGCACUUUUAGAUUGAAAAGUGUUUUAUGACCCAUACCUUGUUUGCACCGGCAACAAUCCUGCAAGGUAAGUCACUAAUAGUCCCAUAGGAAAUAUAUUUCAAAUGUGGGAGUUGAGGCUGAAAGUGAAUGAUGUGCCAAAGGCCAGUGAAUUCAUCUAGGAUCAAGCUAAGGUUUGAUCCAAAAUAGUUGUGGUCCAAGUCAAAACUCCUCCUCUUGGAUCAUCAGACUGGCUCUCAAUGUACAGGAGACAGAGAAGGGGCAUCUCAAAUCACAUUAUUAAUUGAGAGGGAUAAAUAAGCACAUGGCACACACUUUAAAAAAAUUAGUUGUAGACACUGGUUUCUGAAAGGCAUAUUUUGCACAGAUAUUAUAGCUGAGGUUAUCAUUUGCCACUUUGCAAAGGAUACACUGGACCUGGGUAGGUUUUCUUCCCCUCUUUCAAAAGACUCUGGCACAACUCACUGGGAAUUACUCCUCUGGAAGGUUAGUACUGGGAGACCAUCUCACUGGAUUGUGUCCUCUUCCUGAUACAAAGUUGCUUUAAACUUAUCCUGUGUCUUCUUGGAGGUUGGUGGAAGGUGGGGAGUGUCACUUUAAAAUCUGAGAUUUAAGUAGUUUAAGAUGGUUGUGAAAGAUUUGCCGUUCAGUAUCCCAUUGGAUUCUACUGUCAUUUGGUGUAGUCUGCUGUAUUCAUAUUACAAAUGCAUUACACCUCAGGAGAAAUAGCCAUCAAUGUCACACUUGCAUAGUUAACAGAACUGUGCAUUUCUGAUUGUCACAUUAAGAACUUGGCUUUUCUGUUAAAAUUUAUAUGUAAAUUUUGUUUGUAAUGAGGGAUCCCCCCCCAACAAAUGUUUGAGGUGUAUUUUGUCUGUAACCUACGAAGUUCAUUAUUAAUAGAGAAGCAGCAAGCCUCUACACACACACACACACACACACACACACACACACACUAUACAUACUCUAUUGACCCACCAAUUUGCACUUUUACAUAUAUAUGAUUAUUUCAAAAUGAAUUUCCUUGAGAUAAAUAGUGUUAAAUAAAUUUUUCUAAUCUCUAAUCCCUUUAUCACAGCACCUUGCUUUCUCUUAUGAUGUCCACAAUGAGUACUCAGUAGUUGCAGUAGUUUCCCUUGUAUCUUUAGUCAGCUGCUCCCAUGGCUGGUUUAUAGGCACCCUAGUACAGUAACUGCACAGAGAAGGGAAAUGUUGGUUCACCUUAUUUCCAUUCUGUUGCCCAUCUGUCUGUCCAUCCGUCUGAUUGAUCCCCUGUCAUGGAAGUUCUCUGUGUUGCAAAUUCUAAUCCCUGUUUUAGAAUAUACACAUUUUGUUCAUGUAGGGAAUUAACCACCAGGCUUUUUCGAUUAAAGUGAGCAUGUCCCAAAGAACAGACCUAACACCAGUGGCCCAUGAUGUGAAUGUAAGGAGGGGUUUCACUCUCCCUACCCUUCCCCCCCCCCCCCCAAAUAUCAUGGGCUCUUGUAGAUUGAAGGGAAAGAUUAGUUGUGAUAAUAAAUUUGUUUUGGGGAAAAUGUUUGUCCACUAUUGGCGAUCUUCUCAUCUUCAGCUGAUAUACUCCUGAAAAAAACAGCAUUUCCCAAAACAUAGUCUGGAAAGCAAUGCUCUUUCUCAUACUGUCUUAGUGAAAUGUUUAAUUAAAUCAAAUAAUUGUUACCACUCACUAUAUUUCCUUUAAUCAGAAUAAUUUCCGUACCCAGAAAUACAUUUUAAAGCUUCUACUUUUUCCAUGAUUGCACAAUAGAUCAUAUCUGGAAAACAAAUCCACAUCAGGAUGUGAUAAAUCAGAGUCUCUUUUGAGGAUCUGUAGGGCAGCUCCAAUGGAGCCAGUUGGAUCUAUUUCUGUGAAAUAGCUUUUAUCUACCCCCAUGGCUCUACACUAUAUUAACUGCACCAAAGGGAUCUUUCAUGUUGGAGGGAAGUCAAAUAAUAGGUGUUAAUGUAGCAUUGAGAGUGCAUUACAAACUUGUUGGGUGUGCACUGUGAGAGCAAGUCAGGAAACAGCUGAUUUGAUUAGGUUUGGGGUUUGAGAAAGAGAGUUGACAAGCCAUACCUGAAUUUAAAUCUGAAGGUUGUAUUCUCCAAAACAGCAUCUCUAAUAUCUCCUGCCAGAGCUGAAGCCUACAAAGUAAUAAAAAGAGAGUUCUGCUCCAGAUAGUGAAACAGUGCAAAAGGCUAGAACACUCUGUGCAAGACCUGGGCUCCUGUUAGCACAUUACUGGUCUGUUGUUUCACACAGGGUCCUCUCUGUUCUUGAAGAAGACUCUUAGACCAUUCUUGCAUUACACAGUUAUAGUACUGUAUUCCACUUUAAUUGCCUUGAUGACAUCCUAUGGAAUCCUGGGGUUUGUAGAGCAAUUUGGCUAACAAAUCUAAAUGCCCUUGCUAAAUUGUCAAUCCCAGGAUUCUAUAGGAUGUUGCCAUGGCAAUUAAAGUGGAAUAUGAUGUUUUAACUGUGCGAUGUGUUAGGGCUCUUAGGUCUGAGCAUACACAAAAACCUAAUUAAUUUAUUAAGAGGACCUUCCUCUGAGGCUAUGACUGUGAGGAAUCCAGGCAGAGGUCAGUGCAUGCUGAAAUGUUUGUGUAUCUUGAGUGAGAGAUCAGCCAUCACUCCAUUUUGGAUUCACUUUAUGGAAGGGGACUCGAUAUAGAUUUGAUUGUGGCAAACUAAAUGGCUAUAAAUAUUCACACAACACAUGUGCAACUUUCCAAUCUGCUUUCUGAAUAUGCAUAAUUGAUUGUGUUGUUUGGCCCUUACCGCUACUACAGGUAGCUUUUGGGAUGACCCUAUUCCCUGCUCCUGUGGUGGCGAACCUAUGGCAUGCAUGCCCUUUCUGGCAUGCAAAGCUGCCUCUCAGGGCACAUGGGUUGGGGAGCUUGAGGCGGCCACAGCAAGUAGGGGCAGGGCACGUGCGUAUGAGCAUAUAUGGCCCAGUUCCUUGUCAUGGCUCAGUUUGCCUCAGGAGAAUCAGGCCACAGCAAAGAGCCAGGCUGAGUGAGUGCAUGGGCCCUGUCCCUCCUUGCUGCUGCCCAGUUCUCCCCUGAGGAAAACUGAGCAGCAGCAAGGAGAGGCAGGGGGAGUGCCAUGGCAAGGAGCCAGGCUGAUCAUGCGCAGACCCCCCCGAACUAGGUUGCAGAAAGGGGGGGGUAGGGAGGUAUGCAUGGCCAGCCAGCUCCUUGCUGUGGACCAGUUCUCCCAUGGAAAAUUGAGCCACGACAAGGAGAGGUCCUUUUGGGUGGAAAUCCUGCCCCUUUCCAGUUGGAAGUCCUGCCUUCCGCACCAGGUGACACCUAACCCCAGUAUGCCACUGGUCUCCAUAAUCCAGAAAUGAAUUGUAGGCACACAACAGCAACAACCACUACCAAGUCCCCUGGAGUUCAGCAGGGCUGACUUUCCAGGUGACUGGUGCUGCGCAGGCUGGCUUUCCUUUUCUGCAGGGGCAUAUAGUUACCAACAGGAAGCUGUGUGGAUUCGUCCCAAGAGACAUCCCUGAUGCACAGUCCCCUGGGGAACACCAUUUCCUCCUCCUCCUCUCAGACAUUGGAAAGGUUGUGUGUUUUGUUGUUGUUGUAGUAUUCUGAGGUAUGUUGAACUGGAUUAAUUUUCCCCCCUGAACACCCCUUUUGUGUUGAGUGCCAGGAUUGCGACUGGCAUGUGGCAAGGAAUGUUGCCUUCUUUACCUCAAACACACCUUUACCUGCAGGACUGGUUUUCUGACCUCUCUCUUAGGCUGCAUCCACAAAGCAGAAAUGAUCCAGUUUGACACCACUUUAACUGCCAUGACUCCAUGUUGUGGGAUUCUGGGAACUGUGCUUUUGUGGGGUGUAAUGAGGCCAUCUGCACUGUAGAAAUAAUCCAGUUUGACACCACUUUAAUUUCCCCGGCUCCAUACUAUGGGAUUCUGGGACUUGUCAUUUGUUGUGGUGCCAGAGAUCCCUGACAGAGAAAGCUAAAUGUCUCACAAAACUGCAUAUCCCUUAAUUCCAAAGCAUUGAGCCAUGGCAGUUAAAGCGGUGUCAAACUGCAUUAAUUCUGCAGUGCAGCUGUAGCUACAUUCUUGCCAAGAUAUGCUUUUAAACUUUCUCUGUAGUGCAAUAUAAUUGCAGAGGAGACUCAUAAUUUCUUUCUAGGAAGACUCAGUUAUUUUGAGCUUUUGUUUGGUCAGGUCCUCUAUUUUUUUUCCUUGCGCCCCCAGAAGUCCCACCUCUGGAGGUCCCACCCCCCAGAAGUCCUGCCCACCUUGGCACCGAGUCACACCUGGUGCAAGAAUGCCACUGAGUUUGUGCACUCGGCCUCUGAAAGGUUCGCCAUCACUUCCCUACCCCAUCCUAACAAUAUUGAGAAUACUGAGGAAAUAGAGAUGAAUAAUUGACAGCUCUGCUUCAUGCUUAACUCUGGUAGUAUUCUGUGGUUAUUAAUGAUGUGUUUUACUCUUCCAAGGACUUAAGAGACUUCGCUCCCUGUUUCAGAGGUGGAUGUGGGGGGGAAAUGUUCAGGACAUGGCAGGACUGUACAGAUGACCGCUUGCUGAGUGGUUGUAUGAACACUAUGAUGAGUUAGAAUUUGACAUAAGAUGCUCUAUGUCAUCCACCAAUUGGGGUACAAUUUUGAGACUUGUGUGUCCCAUUGAAAUGAAUGGAAUUUAUAUAGGAAUGAGUCAGAUAUGCAAGCAAUUUCAUUAUUAUUUAUCUGUAGAUUUUUCUAUAGCAGUGUUUGCUAUUGCUCCUCCCCCCUCAAAGUACAAACAACAUGAUAAGUUUAAUUUGGAGUGGAGAUGUUUCUUUGGUGUGCAGAUAUUCUUUGCUUCUAAAGUCAAAAUCAUGGAAUAACCAAGUUGAGUGUAGUUUUAACUCAAGUGAUGUGUUUCUAAGAUCAACUUUGAACUACUAAAUGGUAUCGCUAACAGCUACAGCCAUGCAAUCAUAUUGCCUGCCAAAGUAGACAAAUAACAGUAAUCCCUUCAUACAGAACAUGUUUUCUUAGAUUUCCUCUUGACUGUUAUUUGAAGCAAUGAUAGGGAAAUCAAGAAUUUUCAAAACCUUCCCUAUCACAUUUUUUGGUGGAAUCCAGUUCUGGACACGUCUUUCUUUUGGCUGAGCAAGAAAGUCACCUCUAUUCUUCUUGAGUGUACACACAACAUGUAGAAAUGAGGAAAAAGCAAUGUUUACUACUACAAUGUUUAUACUAGAUACGAAGAACACCGAAAAAGGUGAAAAUAGUCUAUUAGAAAUCCCAUGCUUAGUUAUGCAUACUUUAAAUCUCUCACCUCCUCAACACUGCAAAGGCAGCAUUCAAUCUUUGCAAAUGCUUUCUUUGCAGUGUUGGGGUGAGAGAGAUUUAAAGCAUGGCUUACUAAGGAAACUGUGAAAUUAAUGGGGUUGUCAACUAGAAGGCACAUGUACACACACACAAACAAUCAUAGGAUUGAAGUAUUCUCAUCUUUUUUCAGUAUACUUUGUACCCUAUAUAUAUGGAGGGAGAAAGAGAGAGAAUACUUAUGUAAAUGGACAAGACUUGCAUUGCUUCUUUUAGAGGCUAGACAGGAACCAUGCCAGCUAAACGUCUAAAAGUCAAGAUUUUAUUUAAAAUGAUCUAAAGCUCCUGCUUUAUGAGUUAGCAAGCAGGCAUUUUACAAACGGCACUCGCUCAAGUCUCAGAAGCUGUGAUGUGAUGUUGGACCCAUUGCACUGGAGGAACAAUGCAGAUUUUUAGUCACAGCCCCCAUUAUCAAAUGUUGUAUGACACUCAAUUGGAGAGGAUCUGAUAAAUAUGUGUAUACCAAUCCUGUCCAGAAAUAAUUCUGGGCUGAAUAUAUUAGUCCCCUGGUCAUCUUCUGGAUGCUCAGAGAAUUAAUCUGGCCCAGGUACAAUACAUUCCUCUAGCACAAACAAGGGACAUCAUUUGUUUUAGUGUACAGUACUAGAGCCUGGAAUCUUCCAACCCUUCUGUGAACUUUGUGAACUACAAACACUACUGUUUCCUGUUUUGAGUAGAGAUUAUUAUUACCCAGUAUGUGUUUACUUAAAAGUGUGUACCGCUCAGCUCAAAAUAGUUUACUCCUAAAUAACUGUGUUGGGCUGCUGGCUUAGCCUAAUAACCUUUGGAACCAGGAGCAGCAAAUUUAGUCAGACAACCAAAUGUUAUUAGAUACUUUCCCAAAAUAAUCUGGUUAUUUACAGUAUUUUAACAUAAGAAAAAAAUUCUUUUGAGAUAAAAGUAUAACAUUUGACACUUCAGUGUUUGUUAUGAAAUAUUUGUUAAUGACAGGCCUGUUGGCCCAUCUAUUUGGCAAAGUGAGGCAGCUGUCACAGGUGGAAGAUACUAGAAGAUAUGAGACAGCAGUAAGAUGGUUAGGGCAAAGCCAUAGGUGCUCUGCAGCCUGCCUUGCAUCCCCCUAAACUACCUUGCUGCCCUCUCAUAUGGUAUAUGAUGUUAUCCCACUCUCACUAUUGAAGUGAAGUGAACAUGCGAGCUCUUGCCCAUGUUAGUCAAUGUGCAGCAAUGAGGACACAUCCACAUAAUGCGAUUGUGUGCAUGCAUCACCAUUGACUAAUAUGGGGAUGACCCAUGGGAGCUCCAAUCCAUGGGUGGCUAGCCUGCCAAUAUGGCAGGCCCACUGUAUAUAAUGGGGACGGGUGCCAUUUUAGGCCUCAGAAUAUCUUGGAUCAGCCCAGGCUAAGAAAUGCUAUUUCUUUUUAAAUUGCUUCAAAGGACAUACAGCUAUAGAUCUAGAAAAUAUUUUUAGCUCCUAACACAUCAGAAUUUUCUAUCAGUAUGUCAAAUUUACAUAUUUGAUAGUCACAUUCCAUAUGAUUUAGACAUGGAGCAUAAUGAGGUAGAAAUAAUGACAUAUCUGCUUCCAGCCUAGGCAGAUUGAAAUGGCUAGGCCUUUGCAUACAUCAAGCUCCAUAUGGUUAGUCAGUUCCAGGACUGUGUGGGAGGAGGUUGCUGUCAGUCUUGUUCUUGAUUUACCUACACACCCCUUGUGUAUGACUCUAUAGUUUUGGCAGCCUUUUCUGUGGCUGCCAAAAUUGCGUCAAUGACAGAAUGAGCAUCCAGAGAACUUGGCUAUAGGGUUGGUUCUGUACCACAUAAAUCUGCAAACUCCCCCUCCCCUUCUUUUGAAACAUAUGGGACAAGUUGCUCAGACGGCAAAGCUCCAUGUCUAAAACAUAAUAGGAUGUAGUAAGCAGAAUUAUUGAUCCUGGAUGUCAACUGAUUAAGUAGUUUAAAUAUUGGAUCGUUCCCUAAAUAUUUUCCCCAUAUUCUUUGCAAGCAUCUGAAGAAGGACUAGGCAAGAAUCUCUCUGGUAUACUACUUUUCUACUUACAGGGGGCUUGAUAUCUGAGUUGGUACAAACAGAUUUGUAUAAUAUUGACUUCGUAACAUACAAAUCCCUCCCUCCCUCUCUCCAACUUAAAUUGGGGCUUCCAAGUCUUACUGCCUGUGUUAAUGCUCUUUGGAACAGACUGUCACUGAUGGGAUAAGACAUCAAUGUCUUGUAAUUAAUUGCUUACCAAAUUGUUUUCAAAUUUACUAUCGAUGCUUAUUUAAUAUUUAUGGUGAACUGUUUUGGGCAGUGUCCAUCCACCAUGGUGGAAAAAACACCAUAUUAAACAACAGAAAACUGCAGCUUAAAUCAUAACAGCCUACCAACACACCACAAGGCACAGCAAUUUUCUGCUGCUGCAUGUGUCACUCUCACCCGAUUUUUAUCCUUGGAUACCUGAACUAUGAAGCAAGCAAAAUCAAUUUUAUUUCUUUGUGCAUUUUUGCACUAUAAAAGUUGACAGGGAGAAAGAUCUGACCCAUAGGAUACAAUGCUCUAGCCAGUUUUCUUGCGGAAGUCACACUGAAAUGAAGUGGAGGUGAAAGAACUUUCCAGACAGUUAUCAACCAACCUCUAGGGUUUUUUUCCCCAAUAAUGAAGGGUGUCUGUUACUUCUAGAUGCCUACAAGUCUGCAAAGUUUUAAUGUAUUUUUCAUUACUGGAAAUGCAGUAGAUUAAUUUUUAUUAGGCCGUGGUAGAUUUCUCUAUGCUCUGGCCACAUCUACUAAUUUACUUGAGGGAAAUAGGUUAAUUUAAAAAAUAUCUAUUAUUUGUUCACUAAUUAAUGCACUUGCAGGGGUAGAGUAGUAAUAUAGGAGCAGCGGAUGUUCUUGAACUCCCCAUGAAAAGGGUGGGAUCAAAUUUGCCCUCCCACUCAUGGGUUGUCAAUGUGCUUCGCAUUUUUGUGAAACAAAAACAGCCCAGCUCAAUCUUUGCCCUUGAUACAGCUCUAGUCAUAUAAAACUAGAUGUAAGAGAUCAGCUCCAUGGUCUUUGAUGCAAAGAGCUUCUGCAGCCUUGGCUACUUCAGCUAGGUCAGUGUAGUGUAUCCUUUUUUUUGAACAUUUGCAAGCCGACUAUAUAGUCCAACAGCGAAGGGCCGACUGUAUAGUCCAACAGUGACUAGUAUUGAGGAACUAAGCUGAUGUGGUUGAGGAAACCAACCUUUUAUGCAUAAAACACUAACAUUUAAAACAAAAUGUGCAUGCAGAUAAGGUGAACUGGACACUCCUCAUUGAGGUAGUUCAUUGUUCUCUGUCAUUUCAAGCCCUCUUCUGGGCAGGUUGGGAAAGAUGUGCCAGAAACAUCUAAUAAGGUUGGUUCUACUCCUCUCACUUGCACAUCCUUUUUCAUGUUAAAAUAGGAGUUCCUUACCCCUUAUUUUAUCCUUGAACAAGGCAGAUACAUGGAAAGCCUGGCUGUGACUAAGCAGCUCUAAGUCGUCCCAGUAGAAUUCUUUGUUAGUAGCACUGACCCACUGAGUCAUAUCACAAACUGCUUAUGACACUCCUUUCCAUUUCAAAAGCAUGUUCCUGCAUGACAUGAUGGUGUGGUGUGGGAUUGGUACUGUUCAGAAGGGGGAGGGGGGAUCUAAAGUGCUUGUGGUAUCAGGAAGCUAGUUUUAAAGUUUCAGGGGUAUUGGCCCUGACCUCAAGCAUUUUGUUGAAAGUAACUGUUGGCAUAAUCUUCCUAAGUUAAAAAUGGAGUGAACUAAGCAGUACUUGAGAGUCUGCAGGAAGAGGACCCUGCAGCCAUUCACGGCCACAAGGUUGUGAGUUCGAUCCCAGGCAGGGCUCCAGGGUCCACUCAGCCUUGCAUCCUUCUGUAGGUUGCUAAAAUUCAUACCUAGCUUGUUGGGGGAAAUUAGCUUACAUAUUGUAAACCUCUUAGGGCGUGCUUAAGUGCACCGAAAAGCAGUAUGGAAAUGUACUUGCUAUUGCUUAAGUUGUAGGACACAAAGCAAGCGGAGAAGCAAUGAUGGCUGUCAAAAUGGGCGGUUUUAAACGAGUCUGAGAUGACUUCAUGGAGGAUGGUAGAGCUAUCAAUGGGCUCUAGUCAGGAUGAUAGGAUACCUCCUCCAAGACUUAGAGGCAGUGCAUCUGGGUAUAUGCUGCCGCAGAAUACAAGAGGGAGACUGGCCGUUCCACUCACAUCAUGCCAGUGGGCUUCCAACUAGGCAUCUGGUUGGACACGAUAUGAACAGAAUGGUGGAUUGGAUAGACUUUUGUUCUGUUCCAGCUUGCCUCUUAUAUUUUUAUGGAAAAAUAUGACAAUGUGGCACAUAUUCUAAGUACCACUGCUGAACAAGAAUACGUUGAAUUUCCUCAUGAUGAUGAUGAUAAUGAUGAUAUACCCUGCUCUCUUCCUAGGGGUACAUUUGAGCAACUAUAUGGGUGAAUGCUAUAGUGAGGCAAUGUUUGAAGUUCCUGUGAAGCUGGUGCAUUUUCUUCCUAGGCUCGUGAGAGAGAUACUGUAUAUUUGCUGAAAAGAGGCAUGAUUCCCAUUCUGAGGUGUAAUUUAAGGGAACACAUGAACAUGUAUUGCAAUGUAAGCCUUCCCUUUGGUUUGAUUUCCCUUUUCACACAUACUUUUAAGGGUACCUUCCUACAUAUGAUAGUUUAAGCAUACGCUUAACAUGUAAAAUAGAGACAGUUCUUACACACUGUGUCUGCUUGUACUUUUUAAAAGCAACAUGGUAAUGCUAAAAUGUUAAAAAAUAAUUACUGAAAGUACUUGCUUAUGCCAGUCUCAGGAAUGAGAAUGUUAUCAAUGGUUUUUUUUGUUGGGUUUUUUGGGCUAUGCGGCCA